GACCUCCGCUGUCGGUUUACGGCAUCUGCAUCUCCGGGAGUGGUGAGGUGAAGAAGGGCGGAGGAAGAAGUUGCCAGCAUGGCGUUUACUCUGUACUCUCUCAUCCAGACCGCUAUUCUCUGCACUAAUGCCGUCGCGGUGUUGCAUGAGGAGAGGUUUCUCAGCAAGAUCGGCUGGGGUGUUGACCAGGGAGUUGGAGGUUUUGGGGAUGAUCCAGGAGUCAAAGCCCAGAUCCUCAAUCUCAUCCGCUCAGUCCGGACUGUCAUGAGAGUGCCUUUGAUAAUAGUGAAUUCGGCCUCCAUUGUCCUGCUGUUACUGUUUGGUUGACAGCGGUACACGAGAGCCAAAAUGAAGCCGGACCACCAGACAUUUGCCAAGGAACAACCAUACACACACACACACACACAUAUGCACACAUGCAGAAAUAUCUGUCAUUCAGAGACUUAUAUCUUUGCCAGUCAUCAGCAGGGUGGGAAGGUUGUCCCUUGGGGCUGGUAUGUGAAUAUGAAAUCAUGAAAAUCAACCUGCAGAUGUUCACAUUGAAAGAGAAGAAGAAUUGACCUUUCACCCAAAACCGUGGCUGGUGUGGACUUCCUAACCUGCUUGUGUGUUUUUGUAUGGCUUCUUCCAAUUUGUAUUUUAGACUAAACUACCAUUGUGUAGUUUUUUUGGCCUGAAAUGUAAAAUAUUUUUGUAUUUUCCCACCAGAGCGAGGGAUACUCACUGACAGUAUCGCCACAAUUAGAUGGAGAAAUGAAAGUGACUGAAAUAUAUCAAACUGUUAACAUGCUGCAGUUUGAGUUAACAAUGCAGUGUAAUGUAAUUGGCAGCGUCUCCUCUUUUGUACCAAAUUCUGAACCUUAAUCCUUAUUUGAACAUUAUUUUAAGCCGUAUACACCUGUAACACUGGGAACUGACAGGAUUCGGGAUUUGCAGUAUUGAUAUGUAUUGUUUACACAGCAACGCCCUCUCGGUGCCACAAACAUCACUGGGAAUUGAGAUGUUUUUCUGUCUUGAAAUAAAUGUAUUAGUCAUUUUAAUACAA